AUUCUUCAAACAAUCAAGCAGGAAGCUAAAACAGCUGGAGUUGAGCAUCUUGUUACCCCCGACAUGAAUACUCAAUUCAAGCCAAAAAUUUAUUAUUAUCCGCUGAACUGUGACAACAAGAUCACACCAAACAACAAGAACAAUAUUACUUGUGCAGCGAAAACAGCAAAAACGGGAUGGUGCUGCUCUGCGACAGAUAAGAUGAUUACGGAGAUACAAAUCCCAGGACAAACAAAUGAGAUAAGCUCAAUCACUCCAGUACCGGAGCCAUACCAACAGCUAAUUGUGGAACUCACUAUUGAGAACGCUGAAGUCGCAAAAUGGAAGAAGGAGCAGUGGACAUCCAAAAUGGCAAACGUUGAGAAGAAUCUGAGGAAUAACAAAGAAUAUGCAGAAGCCUUCAAAAAUGUCAAUGUGAAAGUUCUUGGAGUAUAUUCAGCACAGUGA